UUUCCGAGAAACCCAAUUAACUUGGUCCAGACGAAACCCUAAAUAAGAACCAUCGUCCUCUUCAUCGCUCUGAGGUCGACUUUCACCGCUGCUGAAUCCGAGCUCCAUCUCGGAUUCAUGUGCUAAUCCAAUCCCUCUCUUUAACUCCAUGUCCUCGACGCUCCGGCGAUCUCUCUGUCGCAGGCAGCUAUGAAGUCAGUCUCAAAUUAGGUUGGCACACUUCCAUCUGUGUUGCACAAUAUUGUGUGUUGAUACAGUUCCACUUUGAUGAUGCUUCCUUAAUUGAUGCUUAAUAAAUCUGCUGGAGCUGGGCAUUCCAAAACUUGAUUGAAAUAAGGAUAUGGCACAUUUACUGCUUGUUAAUCAGAGGAUGCAGUCUUGUUUCUGAUAAUGUAAACUGUCAAAAAGUUAUUGCAACUAACAAAGGAAGCAAAAGCUUGUAGAUGAAGAAACUUUCUUCAGAACACUUUGCUAUGACUGAUCAGGCUCCAAGGAGGCAUCUCAGCAAAGGUGAACAGCCCAUUCCUGUUUCUUCUUCUGAGAUAUUACAACAUUUCAGUUCUGCCAACUCAUGGAUUUGUGAGAAUUCAGCCUGUAAGGCUGUCCUUACCUCCGAGGAUACAUUUUGCAAAAGGUGCUCAUGUUGCAUUUGCCAUCUCUUUGAUGACAACAAAGAUCCUAGUCUUUGGUUAGUCUGCGAAGCAGAAACUGAUGAUAAGGACUGUUGUGGCUUGUCAUGCCACAUUGAAUGUGCCCUUCAAUGCCGAAGGGUGGGAGUUUUCAAUCUGGGACAGUCUAUGCUGCUUGAUGGAAGCUACUGUUGUGCUUCGUGUGGAAAGGUAUCAGGAAUAAUUGGAUGCUGGAAGAGGCAACUUAUGGUUGCAAAAGAUGCUCGUCGAGUGGACGUCCUUUGUUAUCGUAUAUUUUUAAGCUACAGGCUUCUGUAUGGCUCUUCAGGUUUCAAAGAGUUGCACCAGAUUGUGGAGGAAGCAAAGGCAAAGCUAGAAACAGAAGUUGGUCCCAUGGAUGGCAUGUCUGCGAAGAUGACCCGUGGCAUUGUCAGCAGGUUGUCUAUUGCCGGAGAUGUUCAGAAGCUUUGCUUGGCUGCAAUAGAGAAAGCAGAUGAAUGGUUGAGUUUGAGAUCAAGUGGGCAUUUUGAGCAAAAUCACAAAGACUCACUUCCAGCUGCUUGUAGGAUCCAGUUUGAAGAAAUAACAUCAUCUUCUCUCGUAAUUGUUUUGAAAGAAACAGCUUCUUCGAUUUUUGAUUACAUUCAAGGUUAUAAGCUUUGGUAUUGCCGGUCCAGAGAUCAACCCUACACCAACGACCCUGUCAUCUUCCAAAGAGCACAAAGAAAAAUUCUAAUUACCAAUCUCCAGUCAUGCACAGAAUAUGCCUUUCAAAUUAUUUCAUUCAUGGAAGAUGGGGAUUUUGGCCACUCCGAGUCAAAGUGCUUUACAAAGAGCAAAGAGAUAAUCAACAAACAUAUAGAGAAUAACGGGGUUGAAGGGUGUUCAUCAAGUGACAAGCACGAAGAGAAGACAACUGCUGCAAAAUCUUCUGGAUUCAAAGUUCGAAAUCUAGGAAAGAUAUUGCAAUUUGCUUGGGCACAGGAAAAUGGAUCCUAUGAUGGGUUCUAUGAGGAUGAUAUGGAAGAAGAAUCCUGUGGUGGGAGUGGCGAAGUUAUAGCUGAGGCAGCUGAAGCAAUGCCCAGAUCCUCACAUCGGCUUGACCUGAAUGUGUCAUCGGUUCCUGAUUUAAAUGCUGAGGUAGUCCCUCCAAUGGAUUGCUUUCCCAAUGAAGAAAAUGCAUUCUUCUCAGAAAAGAUUGAGCUAUCCAGAUCCAAUGGAAGCGGUGAUUCUGAGACUUGUGCAGCUGCUGUGGUCCAUGAAGUCCCAACGGUUGAUUCUCAACCUGAAUGCAGUAAACAACCUUCCACUGUGCACAAUGAAACCUGUGAGGGAAAUAGCAAUUUGGCCAAUGGUUCUUUUAGGGGAUUCAAACGUAGGUUAGGUCAGUUGGAUGAUAACUAUGAAUAUUGCGUGAAGGUUAUUCGGUGGCUAGAAUGUUUAGGUCACAUUGACAAGGAUUUCCGCAUGAAGUUCUUAACAUGGUUUAGCUUGAGGUCGACUGAACAAGAACGAAGGGUGGUUAUUACAUUCAUCCAGACGCUUAUCGAAGAUCCUAGCAGUUUAGCAGGACAGUUGCUGGAUUCUUUUGGGGAAAUUGUGACCUGCAAUAGGCUGCGCAAUGGUUUCUGCAGCAAACUGUGGCAUUGAUUCAAAAGCUAACUGGUUUAGUGUUACUUGCCUUUUUGUUCUGCUUCCCACAUCAUUCCGGUCGGAGUGUUAUCCAUAUGUUACUGAAGUUGCCAUCUGUGCUCACUAACUUUGGUUCACUUAACAUCAGAUUCACUAUGCUUAUAACCUUGAUUGUUUCUUCAGCCAAUUCCAGCAUCUAUGUUACUGAUGGUAACAUCUCUCCUUGCCACUAAUUCUGAAGUUCUAAUUUGCAGUUCAUUGAAAAUACAUAACCUUGUUUUUGCUGUUGCUCAUGCUUACCUCAUGUUUAGGCUAAAUUUAUAAUGUGCAUGGGAUAAUUGUGAGAAAGAGAACGGUUCCAUACUUUGUAAUUCUGAUCCGAGACAAACUUUUUGCAUCCAAGUAAAUUCAGUUAGGGAUGCCAAUUGGCAGUGUGCUGUAUUCAUCAUAUCAUAAAUACAGUCCAGUAUUGCCAAGCGUUGAUGAAAGUUGGCUGAACGAGAGCUCGAGGGUCCGAAGGAGCCUUAUCAGAAGCCGCAAGAAUGGAAAGCACAGCCUAACCUAGAAUGGUAGAUUUUUUCUGGAACCCCUUGGCACCAUAUCCUAAAAUUCACCUUACUCUACAGUGCACUUUGUUCAGACUCCAGUCAGAUCAGAAAGGAACUCUAUGAGACUAUGAUUGAUCAGGGAAGCUGUCUGAGCACGAUUCCACAAAAGCCAACUGGAGAAGUAUGAGGACGUGGGCUGUUGAGAUUCUUUAAGCCAUCUCCGUCUGUAAUCUUAAACCGUGUAAUACCGCUGCACGUGUAGCGGGGGCUGUCUCCCUCAACCUACGAAGAAUCAAUAUUCCUAUGAUAGAUAGUUGUGUGAUAGAUGUUUUGUACUGAAUCAUUACAAGUUUGCUUGGGAUCAAAAUAGAUAUUAUAGAACCUGGUGCAGUGGGUAAGGCACUCCCAUGGUUAAUAACG